UGAGGGCGCGGCGCGGCGGCCGUUGCGUGUCCUCGUGACUUCCGGUGCGGCCCGCGGCGCGGCGGAGCGCAACGGUUUCGAGUCGCGCCCGAGCGACGGGAUGGAGAAGCUGCGGCGGGUGCUGAGCGGGCAGGACGACGAGGAGCAGGGCCUGACGGCGCAGGUCCUUGAUGCCUCAACGCUCAGCUUUGGUACUCGAGUCAAAUGGUUUGCCAUAUGUUUUAUUGCUGGCAUUGUGUGUUCUAUUCUAGGAACAGCAUUGCUAUGGCUUCCAAAGGGAAUCAAACUUUUUGCAGUGUUCUAUACCCUGGGAAAUAUUGCUGCGUUAGCCAGUACCUGUUUCCUGAUGGGGCCCCUGAAACAAUUGAAGGCAAUGUUUGAGCCAACGAGGUUAAUAGCUACAAGUGUGAUGCUGCUUUCUCUAAUAUUGACACUGUGUGCUGUAUUCUGGUGGGGUAAAAAAGGUUUGGCUCUGUUAUUCUGCAUAUUGCAGUUCUUGGCAAUGACCUGGUAUAGUCUGUCAUAUAUUCCUUUUGCAAGGGAUGCUGUGAUUAAAUGCUUCUCAUCCUGUCUAGAGUAAAUUACAUACAAGAACCACUGUACACUUUAAAAGACCGCUUCUAUUCUUCUGUGAAUUCUGCUCAGAAAACUAUACUUUUCUACUCCUGAAAUACCUAGUGACAAUUUAGCAUUGUCCUUGCCUUUUGCAGUUGGGGGAUUAAAUCAUUUUUACUAGUAACAGUUUUAAAAAUAAAUUGGGAGAAGUGUGUUUCUUUACACUGGAUAUUUUAGCGCUUUUUUUUUUUUUUUUUUUUUUAACACAGAAGUACAUCUAAAUACUGUGUGAAAAGUAUUCUUAGAAGUAUUUAAAACUGUAUCCAGUAACACAGUUUAAUCCUCAAUGUAGGCAAGCUGCUAGAGUCUGGGUAGUAUGCACAAAGAUUUCAUUUACGAUUUUGUCUGAAACUUGCAAUGUACCAUUUAUGUUUGCAUAUUCGUGUAAGCUUUUCCAAAGACAGAAUUUUAUAAACAUUGUAAAGAUUGAUAAGUUAUAACUCCCGGGCUGCUUUGAAAUGUCUAUACAUGUGCUUUUUGGGAAAAGUUUAGUGAGAACAUGUUAGAGUUGUUAAACUUGCUGGAUUUUAUUAAAAAUAUUUUAAACAUUUUUUUUUUACUUUCAGACUUAAAUACUUACUGGAUAAUGUAUAAGUGAAUAAUUUGUGAAAUAAAUGAAUUUUAAAGGUGUCUAAAUUUUUUUUAAUUUAGGAACCAGAGCUAGCUAUUAUACAGGUGGCAAGUUCCUGCAUUACAUUUGACUAAGUGUGAAAAUAAAACAUGGAUAUCCAUAUAACUAUACCCCAAUUUUGUUUUUAGAUUUGCAGAAGUUACUUUAGAGCUUCUUUGUAUUAGUAUUUAGAAAACUUGCUGAGUUUGUGUGCAUAAACUGAUUACAUGUCAAAGUGAAAUACUCUAAUACUUUGCCUAGCUUCAGUGAGAUGUUUUCACUUCUCAUUUUUUGCAGCUAAGGGCUAUUAAAUCAUUUAGAAGCAAAGUUAAAUCCUUACUGUUUGGCUAAUAUUGUAUUACAGGAAAUGUUUUAGUGCAUGUUGAAAACAUGCUACUUGCAUUCUAAAUCCUAGUUGUUUUGACUUCUUCCCCCCCCCCAAAAAAAUCUUCAACUAGAAAAGAAGAUAAAUUUGAAAAGAUGCAAGCCUUAGUGAGCCCUUCAGGAAAGAAAAACCCUGUGUUUUAGUAUUCAGGAUUCAGGCUGAACUGAUGAAUUUCAGUGCAUUUCUGUUGAACCUCAGGGUAUAUUCUGUCAUAGUAAGUCUGUGGUAUGUUGCACAAAAUAGCAACAUCUUUUGGGGAAACUGCCUAACGGAUGACUGAGAUUUCUGCCAUAAAGGUGUUGCUUGAUUAGCAGUUUAGCUGACUAGUGAACUGCCAGUGAGGCAGUCUUUCUCCUAGUGAUGCAGUUCUUAAGUAGUCCUGAUACUGCAAAAGGCUCUUGGACUUGUUUGUACUGCUUGUAAUCAUAGCCAGAAACCACAGCCUUCCCUCUGCCUGUUAUAUCUCUCUGAUGGUGAGGCCCUCCAGUGAAUUUAUUCUCGUCAUCCUCAUCUACUUAGCCUUCAGUUACUUUUAGUUUGCAGUUUGCAUUGGAGAUGAACCAGUAUGUGCCUCAGUGGUGAGAGGUACAGUCAUGGGAAUGGCUGGUUACUCCUUCACUAGUUGCUCUUUCUCCUUGGGUUGCUGGCCAUAAGGGGCCUUCAGGAGAUCCCAUCCCACUAGUGGGCACUACAGGACUGGGCCGUUGUUUGCCUCAGAAUUUUUCUCACCUCUCCACUACUUGUUCAGGUACAUGAUCAUCUUCACUGUAAUCUUAAAUUAGAACUACAUUAGUCAUUUUUUAUUUAUGCAGUAGGAUAAAUAACAAAGUUUACACUUUGCUAUUUGAUCACCAAAAUGGAAUGGUUCAAUAAAUAAAGUCUGAUGUGCUUUCA